AUGACUGCAGUUCCAGCCGACUGUGCGUUGUAUACCACAUGCAUUGCUAGCGAGUUUGUGAAACAGCUGUUUGAUUGCAAUGUAGCUGGAAACGCACAGUCAAUCUCGCCUCCCUUGACAAUUGAUGUGCCAACCAUGCUUGCUUGUCAGCAUCUGGCCCAGGUGCUCGCCGAUGCCUAUUCAAACCCAAUCCAACUUGACCUUGAUAUGAUUAGGUACAAUGAGGCCCUCCAUAAACGCUCUACCGGGAUGGUUGCAACACAUGAAGAUUCCCUGCUGAAAAAAUUUCCUCGUGGGCCAGAACGUUUGCUGGAGAAGCCCUCAGAUGCCAUUAGCCCGUGGAUUCAAGCCGAGAUGGAAGACGCUACAAUUGGUAUGGGGUCCCUUCUGAUGAAAAGCAUGACCAGUGGUCUGGACACCCAGUGGAGAACAUUCCCCGGUAAUUUUCAUGCCAGCGACCGACGCCAAUUGACCCCAGGAUGUAUCAAUUUAGCCCCUUGUUGGUUCAUGCAAGGCCGGGAGCCACACGGAUUACCACCGGCCGAUGGAUUCACCCCCAAGGUGUCGGCCGCCCUGAAAGGGAAAGGUGGUCCCGAGAUUAUAAUCUCUAUGCAGCGCGCAGCACUACUGGCCUCGGCUGCUCUUAGGGUGAUGCAUCCAAAGUUGUAUUGGGCGUUGGCCACUACACAUAUCAAACUUGCCCGAUGGGCAGUGGAACGUGGCCUCAGUGAUAUGAGCACUUGCCUGCAAUUUUGGGCCUCGGUGUUUAAUUGUGCAGCUGUAAUUUGCAACAGACAAUGUCCUCUUCACCGAGAUCCAAGUUCUACUCUCGAAGGGUUUGAUGUCAUGAGCAGUGUCAGCCAUUAUUGUAACGGGCUCAUGACAUUAUCUAACCUCGGUAUUCGGUUGCAAUAUAACUCGGGCGCUAUGGUCGGCUGCUCUGGCCACUUUGUCAGGCAUGGUGUCACAUACACCGGCGAUCACAUUGUGUGGGCGUGGUUCAUACUGUGA